CUGGCCUGUAUACUUGAAACUCUUCAACAAAUUUGGCCUUAUUCACGAUUUAUUGCAUUACAAGUCUUUUUUCACUUCUUUUACGGAGGAAUCCAUGACUAUAUAAACAUGUUACAUGUUCUUAUCUCAUCACUUUUCUACUCAUGCUUUUUAGUGUUUGUUGAAGAAUUUCUGAACCUUUUUCCACCCUUGUUCCUUAGAUUAUGUAAUUACUUCCGUUUCGAUUUAUUCACUUCCGUUUUGAUUUAUUCAUUCAUUCUUAAUUACUCGUGUUAUGCAACUUAGGAUGUAAUGAAAAUGGGUAAUCAUCAACAUCAUCAAAAAACAACAGCAAGUUCUGUGUCCAAAUUUAUCUUCUUUGUAGUUGGUUUGUCUGUUGGAAUUACAUCCUGUUUUUACAUCCUCAGCUUUUAUUACAUUACAAAUUAGAAUCAGUUGUUAGCAACAGCAUGCACAACAUCAAUAUCCUCACAUGUUACUCAAGCAGCGUUAGCAUCUACACCAUUGACGCCCUCACCAUCGCCUCCACCACCACCAUCACCACCUCCCCCUCCCCUCCAUCCCUGCCUACACUACGCGAAGAGGAGUCAGGGAAGGAACUGUUGCAUUAUAUAGAGGAUGAUGCAGAGUUGUUAUGGCGGGCGUCAAUGGUGCCUCAGAUACCGGAGUACCCAUUUCAACGUGUUCCAAAGCUUGCCUUCAUGUUCUUGACAAGAGGUCCCCUACCUUUAGCUCCUCUAUGGGAGAUGUUCUUUAAAGGACAUGAAGAUAAAUUUUCUAUUUACAUCCAUACUCAUCCUAAUUACACUGAUCCUAUGCCUAAGGAUUCUGUCUUCCAUGGUAGAAGGAUUCCUAGCAAGAUUGUGGAGUGGGGAACCAUAUCAAUGAUUGAUGCUGAAAGACGAUUACUAGCCUCAGCAAUGCUAGACUACUCAAACGAAAAAUUCAUCCUCCUCUCGGAAGCCUGCAUCCCCUUGUACAACUUCUCAACAAUCUACGACUACCUACUGAUCAAUAACAAUCUGAGCUUCGUAGGAAUUGUACCUGUCUUCGAAAAGUCCAGCAUUUACAGAUGGCGGGGCAAGAUGGACCCACCCCUCAAGAGAUGGCAGUGGCACAAGGGUCCUCAAUGGGUUGUCAUGGACCGAGUUUUAUCCAUAGACAUCCUUUCGGACAACGAAUAUUACUCAGUGUUUCGAGAUCAUGGUAGUUUCCAAGAUGAACAUUAUGUUCAGAUUUUGGUUAUGCGUUAUCAUCCAGAGCGCAACUCGAAUUGGAGCUUGACUUGGACUGAAUGGAAGGGCAACCGCCAUCCUACCAUGUUAGGACCAAGGUCUAAUAUUUCAGCAGAUUUGAUUCAACAUAUGAGGUUCAGGGAUAAUUGUACUAUUGGUGGCCAAUUUACUAACAUGUGCUAUAUUUUUGCUCGCAAAUUUGCUCCUCAUAGUAUUAAGCAGUUGUUGGAGAUUAGUUCUACAUUGUUUGGGUGAAUAUUAAUCAAGGUAAAGAUAGAGCAAGUGAUCUAUCUUUAAUAUUGUUUCCUACAUUGCAAAGUUGUAGUUCAUUUGUUUAGCAAAAAUAAACAUAAAAAUAAAGAUAAAAGUUUCAAACAAAAAAUGAUCAAUGUGCAGGUCAAAACAUGCACAGAAAUGUAACACUGGUAAUAUAAAAGCAUCAACUUAUG